AAAUGUUUUGCUAUUGUUUGGCGCUAUUUGUGAUAUAAAGUGAUGUAAUGUUUGCAUCAAUUGAUCCCAAGAUUAACAUCUGAUGGCAUCCAAGUUGUCCUAUCGUUUCAUUGUUUUGGAUCAGUUAAGAGAUGAUCAAAAAUAUGAAUUACGUCUUAAAUUAAGACCCGUCUCUAAAUGUGAACAAUCGGCUAAUGAAGACGUGAAUUGUCUUUUAACUGGAAUUUGGUUUUCAUGUGAUGUCGAAGUCAACGAAAUAAUCCAUGUCUUGGAUACCAAAUAUGAUAACAAUACUUGCACUAUGAUUGUCGACAAUACCAAUGGAUUUGUUGUCAAAAAUCCCGAUUUAUUGAUAUCAAGUACGACAUUAAUGUCCGCCAAAUAUUGUGUCCGCAAAGCAUGGCUUUCGGCGAAGUUUGUCGGCUGGACUCACGCCAACCGAUCAAUGAUAAUCGGAGUUAUGGUUCACCAAUUGUUUCAGGAGUCGUGUCAACAAAGACUACGAACUGUUGAUGAAAUUCGUGCUCUUUUUAUGUCAAUUGUUGACAAUUUUAUUACCGAUUUAUAUGCCAUUGUUAUGACAAAAGACGAAGCCAUUCAAGAAGUAACACCAUAUUUGACAUCAAUUGUUCAAUGGAUUGAUAAAUAUAUGUAUAACAUGUCUGUCGUUGAAGAUAUGAAUUAUUCAAAUAAAAAUGAAAAGAAAAUUCAAAUUAUGAAAGUUUUAGACAUUGAAGACAGCGUUUGGAGCACUAAAUUAGGUCUCAAAGGUAUUGUUGACUUAACAGUGAAAGUAGCGGUUAAUGACAAUAAUAUUCAGACAUCAUUUACGAUGCCUUUGGAACUGAAGACAGGAAAGCCUUCUUUUUCUGACGAACACAUCGGACAGAUUGGUCUCUAUUCGGUAAUGUUAGACGAGAGGGACAAAACUCAUUCAAAUGAAGGAUUGCUUCUUUACCUCAAAGAUAAGCCACAAAUGCGUCAAAUUAUUACAAAAAGAGUCGUUAAGAGAGACUUAUUUCAGAUGCGAAACAAUUUAGUGAAACACUUGACAAAUGUAGAGUCAGGUCCCGAACCUUUGAACUCAUAUCGUAUUUGCAGUAAAUGUGAUCAUUUAAUGGACUGUUGCCUUACUUUACAAACUCUUGAAUCGCAUCAUUUGUCACAUUCAACUUCAAUGUCUGAACAGCUCAUUCCUCAAAUCAUUUCUCAUUUAUCAGCACUUGAUUUAGAAUUUUUUAAGAAAUGGAUGACAUUAUUAAAUAUGGAGCUCAAAGAAGUGAUAGAUCGGGACAGCGAUUCUAAGGUUGGAUUUUGGACUGAAUUGUCGACCGAUAGAGAAGCCAAAGGUUUAGGUUUUGGGAAACUUAAGAUUUUAAGACAAACAAACGAUUCGAUUGUUUUUGUGAGAUGUGAUAAGUAUUUGGAUGAUUGCAAUGAUUUUAAUUUAACCGAUAAUGUUAUGCGGCGUUGGGAACGAGUGGCCAUUAGUAUAGACGAUAUCAAUAUAAAAGUACCGGAAAUGUAUCGAAUAAACAAAAUCGCUCUUUUAAUAGGUUUUAUUAAACGAGUCGAUAGACAUGAAAUUGAAGUCAUUUCAGAUAAAAGUGGAAAUUUAUUGUCUAAUAGAUUGUAUCGAAUCGAUCACAUUUCAAACACUGGACUUAUUUCACAUAAUUUUACUAAUAUAUUGCGUUUAAUGGACUCGGAUGACGAUCAGUCAAAGAAGUUGCGCCAAAUAGUGAUCCAUAAAAAAUCUGUUACUUUUGUACAGAAAUUCAAGAAACAAAUUAUUACAAAAGGAAAACAUAUUCUGAAAGUUCUCAAUCGUAACCAACAACGAGCUAUUUUGAGCGCACUGUCCACUGAUUCCUAUAUAUUAAUUCAAGGAAUGCCCGGCGCCGGCAAAACUCAAACAAUAGUUGCUUUGAUAAGAUUAUUGGUAGCUUUGGAACAGUCAGUCAUCAUAACAAGUUAUACACACUCUGCAGUCGACAAUAUAUUAUUAAAACUUAAAGAAUAUAAGAUAGACUUUCUUCGCAUUGGAUCCGAAAAGCGUGUUAACCCGGAAUUACUUUCUUAUACGAAUGCGUCGAAAACAUCAAGUUUUAAAACUCUUGAACAAUUGUUAUCGUUUUACUCGAGUACUCAAGUGGUGGCCACAACUUGUUAUGGUGUGUCCAGUCAUCCAUUAUUUAAACGAAAAGUUUUUGAUUAUUGUAUUGUUGACGAAGCCUCACAAGUGCUUUUGCCCGCAUGUUUGGGUCCAUUGUUUUAUUGCAAUCGUUUUUUAUUAGUGGGUGAUAGCAGACAAUUACCACCCGUUGUUCAAAACGAAAAGGCAAAACAAUUGGGUUUAGACCAGAGUUUGUUUGUUUUGUUGCAAAACGAGACCAACACUAGGGAUCUGACAAUUCAGUACAGAAUGAACUCAGAAAUAAUGCGAUUAAGCAAUGAAUUGACUUAUAAUGGAGUUCUUAUGUGUGCAACACUUGAUGUCUGUAAUCAAACACUUGUAUCGUCAGAUUUAACAUAUUUAGUACAAAACAAUUGGAUAACAAAAGUCAUUCAAAACGAUUUGUCAAAUUCGGUUAUUUUCAUUGAAACCGAUUUAAUAUCUGCUCCUGAAAUACGAGACCAAAAAGGAAAAGUUUUCAAUGAGAUUGAGUCGAAAAUCAUUAAAAUUAUUGUUAAGAAUUUGCUUAAAUAUUUUGUGAUAACUACUCAACAAAUUGGUGUAAUCAGUCCCUAUCAAAAACAAGUUGGCUUUUUAAGAGAUACCAUCACUUUAGAUGGUCUUGAAGUUAAUACUGUGGAUCAAUUUCAGGGUCGAGACAAAGAUGUCAUUAUAUAUUCAUGUGUUAAAAGCAAUACUAAUGAAAGUGUAGGAAAUAAUGAGAUACUUAAUGAUGAGAGACGUCUUAAUGUAGCCAUAACUCGAGCGAAAAAAAAGUUGGUUAUCAUUGGAAACAAAUCAACACUUAAUAAAUACAAACCAUUCCACAAGUUGUUCAAUAUUUUAAGGAAUGACCAGAUUUUAUCACUAAAUUCAUCAGAUCUACUAUAA